AGUCAUUUUAGCUCAACACUCGGGAGGCGUGGUCUGUGCUGCGGCCUACUGUUGACCUGAGCUGUUCACGGCGUCCUCGCGUUUAUUGUCGCUGCAAAAUGGAUCGCGGAUAUUCAUCAGGGUUCUCGGGUUGGUCAGGAUCGGGUGGAGGAGGAUCAUCAUCCAGAGGAUCCGGCAGUUAUGACUUGUACGGAUAUAAAGACUCUAUGUCUUAUAAAGACUCACUGUCUGGUGGUGGUGGGUUUGGCGGCGGUGGUUACGGAGGUAAUGACCGGAUGAAGCGGGGGUUGUCUGGAGGGUCUCUGCUCUCUUCUGGGUCCAACGCAGAUGCUGUCAUUGCCAAAAUCAACCAGCGUUUGGACAUGCUGACGCAGCUGGAGGGGGGAUUGAAGGGAUCUUCUCGGGGUGACAGGUUUGACCAAUACGAGUCUUUCGACUCGCGCUCCUCUUUCAACUCGCGCUCCGCCUCCCUCGGCCCUCGAGAUCUCUACAGAUCCGGUAACUUCGGUUACAGUGACUCCCGGGGUGACAUGAUGACCCAGCGCGGAGGUGUGGGCUUUGGGGUCAUGGGCGGAGCCGGCGGGGGCGGCUUUGACAGCGCCGCCUCUGCCUUCGGAUCAGCCAAAAUGCGUCCGACUCGAGAUGCUUUCUCAGGCUCCGGCUGGGGGUCGGGGCAGAGAUCCCAGCACAGGGGCGGAGCAACCGGGGGCCGUGGCUUCGGCCGCAGGCACGACUCUGCUGCGGGGGGAGGAAGUGGGCGGGGCGGAGGCCGUGGUCGUGGCCACUCCCCUGCGGGGCGAGGAAAGCUGCCCUCGCUCCUGUCCAAUCGCAUGUACCCCGACAGCGGGGCCUUCCAGUCCCAGGACUUCUCCGCCCGGAACUUUGGAGGGGGCCCGAGGGGCAACCGACAGCGCGGGCGCAAGAGACCCCUCAACAAACAACAGACAAGACCUCAGCGUGAGGGCCAGAAGAAGAGGAAACAGACUCCUGGGCCAGCAGAUGAGCCCGAGUCUAAGAUGAACAAAACUGACACCAGCGGAGACAAAACAGACACCGAGGCCGCAGCCGGGGAACAGAAGCAGAACAUUGAAGAGAAGACGACUGCUGAUGAUUCCAAACCAGGUGAUGGUGGAGAAAGUGUUGCUCCGGCCAAUCAGGAGGAGAGUUCUCCGGCAAAGGCGAAAGGGAAACAGACUCCGUCCUCAGCGUCUAAAGUCAGGAAGAGGAGGGGCUUCUUUGAAAGGUCAGGAGUCAAAGUCUCUGCUCACAGGGUGGUGUUCGCUUGUUCCGUCUGUAAGUUUCGCUCGUUUUACAGCGAGGAUAUGGCCGCUCAUCUGGAGAGUAAAUUUCACAAAGAUCACUUCAGGUUUUUGUCCAGUCAGCUGUCAAAGCCUACCACUGAUUUCCUGCAGGAGUACUUAAACAACAAGUAUAAGAAGACAGAGCAGAGGGUCAAUCAGAUCGAGAAUCACAGCGCCACCAUCUGUCAGGUGUUUAAAGAGCAAGAUCUGACACGAGAUAUCGGUAUGGAGCACUUUAUAAAGAAGGUUGAGGCGGCUCACUGCACGGCGUGUGACGUCUUUAUCCCCAUGCAGUAUCCGCUGAUUCAGAAGCACCUCAAGUCACAUGACCACAACUACAAUCGCAAGGGUAUGAUGGAUGAGUCGAAGAGAGCCAGUCUGUCUGUGGCUCGCAGCAUCCUUAAUCACAAAGUCAUUGGGAAGAAACUGGAGAGCUACCUGAAGGGUGAAAAUCCAUUCACCGGUAACCAGGAUGACCAGGACCCUGAGGACUCCAUGGUGAUGGACGUCUCAGAGGCUGACCUCAAUAAUGAAAGCCUGAAUGAGGGGAAGCAGGAUGGAGCAGAGGAAGAGGCGGGGACAGCGGAGGAAGAGGGGCAGCCUCCGGCCGAAGCUGUCGGGAACGGGGAGGGGAAUGAGGCGGAUGUAAAUAUGGAGAUGGGUGAAGCAGGAGAGGAGGAGGAGGAGGAGGGAGUAGAGGGUGUGGAGGUUGGUGAAGAGGAUGCCGAGCUCAAUGAAAACAGCGUGACUGAGGGAGUGACUGGAGAAUCUGACACAGUCGCUGCUGAGUAACAUCUAACACCAGAUCAGCAGGAGCUUGUUGUUAAAUAGUUGAGUAGUGUCCAUUUGAUCUCUGUCCUAGAUCUAAACCUUUUGAAUCGUUCUUAUGAACACCUUUGGGAUUUGGAACGGGAAAUGCUGCAGCUUUUGGACCAAUCAGACUAAAGGUCUAUCUUGUGUUUAGCCAAUCACAGGCUUGCCCCUCCUAUACAAGUGCAGUUCAUGAUCGUUUUGUAUGAUUGUGUCAGUGGAAAGAUUGAAGGCUGAUGUCUGUAUGUUGUUAUCAGAUUUACAGGGCUUAAUUUCUUGUUUUCAUUCACUGUAAUUUUCUUUUAUUUUAUGUUCAGAGCGAAUUGAGAUUAUUGUAUCAUUUUUAAAGUCACCACUUGUUUUUCUCUUGCGUUGAUAAAAUAAACAUUUGUGAAGUUA